GAUAGCGAGCCGGUGAAUGCAAACUUGCAUAACAACUUCCUACCCGUUAAUAAUGACAGAUGUCAUGAAUCUCUCCGGGCGCGUUGCCAUUGUUACAGGCUCCUCAUCAGGGGUUGGGAGAGCCAUCGCCACAGCUCUUGGAUCAGCAGGAGCCACCGUUGUGUGCAGCGACUUGAGCCCAUCUCUGCGGCAAGGAGGUUACGAGACUGAGACGCUCCCGACCCAUGAACUGGUUGCAAGAACGGGCAAAGCCAUCUUCAAGAAAACUGAUGCGAGUCGACCGGAAGACGUUGAGGCACUGGUGGACGCAGCCGUGAAGGAGUUCGGAAGGCUCGAUAUUAUGGUCAAUAAUGCUGGCAUUUUUUGUGGCCAAAACAGGAUCGCUGAAGAGCCUGUAGAAGCCUUUGAGAAAACAAUGGCAGUCAAUGCGCGCGGUCCAUUCCUUGGAAUGAAGUAUGCCAUCGGGCAGAUGAUGAAGCAAAGUCCCCACCCAUCGGGGUCUCGUGGGUGGGUUGUCAAUAUUGCUUCUAUCGGAGGUCUUGUUGGUCUAUCAAUGGAACCUUCAUAUUGCGCGAGCAAAGGGGCUGUGGUACUUUUGACCCGACAAGUUGCGCUCGAUUAUGCCGCCGACAAAAUUCACGUAAACGCCAUUUGUCCGGGCUUUCUGAAGACAGCUAUGGUACGAUCUGCUCUGGAAGAUGUGGAUUUGAACAAGCAGCUACAUGCUCAAAGUCCUUGGCCGCAUUUGGGUAGCCCGGAGGAUGUAGGGAAAGCUGCACUCUUCCUUUGCAGUGACGCGGCGAGCUGGACAACUGGCUCGGUAGUGAAUGUGGAUGGCGGUUACUGUGCUCAAUAG